AUGACAUCGAUUCCGCUGCUCAACGUCGACGCUUCGGCGGCUAGUUCGCCGCGCAAGCCCGAGUCGACGCUACGCUGCAACGACAAAUACGUCAUUGUCUACGAUUUUUCCGACAUUGACUAUGACGUCGCCAUCGAAGAGUUUCGCGAGCUUCUCCAGGACCUCGAGGAGGCUGGCCUGCACACCGAGGUACGCCCCGGCUACGACCGCUCGAUUCUUGUCUUUGUCAAGGCCCCGCGACAGCUGCUCGGAAACUGGGUAUACAAAGAGAGAGUCAAAGACUGGCUCUACUCCGUCACGCAGGUCCACCCCGGCGGCGACAAGGACUCCGUCGUCGCCGGCCGCUUCGAAGCCGAAGAGCUGCUCACCAUGUACCACCUCGUCCAAUGGCCCAAAUCCCGGGGCGGCGCCGGCGUCUACCCCGGCCUCGGCAAGUGGUCCCGCGUCACGUCCUGCUUCCCCCUCCACGACGAGGCCGCCAACAAGGCGCUGCUGCGCCACCUGAGCAGCCGUCUCUGGCUCACCACGGCCGACUUUGACCGCGUGCGCGACCUCUUUGGCUCCAAAGUUGCCUUUUACUUUGCCUUUAUCCAGCACUACCUUGCCUUCCUCACAUUCCCGGCCGUGACAGGCGUCAUGGCAUGGCUAUGGUUACCCAAGUACUCGCUCGCGUACGCAGUCGUCACGAGCGUCUGGUGCACCGUCUUUUUGGAGUACUGGAAGCUGCAAGAGGUCGACUUGAGCAUCCGGUGGGAUGUCCGCGGCAUACGCAAGACAAAGGUCAACAGGCCCGAGUUCAAGUUUGAGAAGGUCAUUGUGGAUGAUAACGGCCAGGAGAUUCACUACUUUCCCAAGUGGAAGCAGAUUACGCGGCAGCUGCUGCAGGUACCGUUUAUCGCGGUCGCAACGGUGGCGCUCGGAGCCAUCAUCUGCGCCGUUUUUGCUGUCGAGGUCCUCAUUUCCGAGACAUAUACUGGCCCUCAUCAGUUCUACCUGGAAUACUUACCAACCAUAAUUCUCGCCGUCGCGAUUCCCUACAUCAAUUCGUCUCUCGAGGGCGUCGCCCAGGCCCUCACCGCGUUUGAGAACCACCGCACAGCCGACGCGCACGAAAUCGCCUACACGCAGAAACUCUUCAUCCUCAGCAUCAUCACCAACUAUCUCCCUAUCCUCCUCACCGCGUUCGUCUACAUUCCCUUUGGCGACGCCAUAAUCCCCCAUCUCAAGCGCGCCGUCCUCGCCGUGCUGCCCAGCCUCGCGCACACAUUUGCCACGCACUCGUUCCAAGCUGACGCGGACAAGCUGCGCAACGAAGUCAUUGCGCUGACGCUGACCGGCCAACUCAGCAGCUUCUUUGAGGAAAACGUGCUGCCGUACCUCAAGCACAAGGUGACUGAGUGGCACCGCGUUUACCGGCGGGCGUACCCCAAGCACGCGAUGCUGCUGACCAUGGUUGAUGACGACGAGGACGAGGCCGCAUUUCUGGGCCGCUGCCGGACGCAGUCGUCGCUGGACACGUACAAUGUGCACGACGACAUGGCCGAACUCGUGCUGCAGUUUGGCUAUCUCGCCCUCUUCUCGCCCGUCUGGCCGCUGAUCCCACUUGGGUUUCUAGUGAAUAACUGGAUCGAGCUGCGGUCCGACUUUGCCAAGAUCUGCCUCGAGCACCAGCGUCCGCACCCCGUGCGCGCCGACGGCGUCGGGCCCUGGAUUCUGUCCCUGGACAUGCUCACCUGGAUCGGCAGCAUCUCGACGGGCGCAAUUGUGCACAUUUUUGGCGGCAGCGAUGGCAUCAACACAAACUGGACGACACUACCAAUCACCAUAUUCAUCAGCGAACAUAUCCUGCUGCUGCUGCGCGCCGUCACGCGCUGGGUGUUUGAAAAGUGCGGCUCGGAGCAGAUUCGGCGGGAGCGCGCCGCCCAGUACGCGCGUCGGCUGGCGUACCUCGAGGAGAUUGAGGCGAACAAGCGCGCGGGCGUGCAUCUCAGCGUUGCGGAGCGUGAGCGCCGCAAGUCGGUCCUCGUGACGGGGGACGAGCGGUUCUGGACGAAGCAGGUCGAGGACGGCGCGAGCGCGGACAUGGGCAUCAAGCUCAUGUCGCUGGCAAGAGAGUGGGAGCAGAGUCGAGGCAUGAAGCCCAAGAGUAGCUGA